AUGGCUCUCCUCCUCAACCACCUUGUGUCGUUUGUGUCGAGAGACGAGAUGUAUCACAGGGGGAACGCCGACUUCAAUCGGCCCUCACACGGCCUGAUGGCCGUCAGAUUUUCGUAUGGCACCCCCCGCUGCUUGUCCACUGCCCCCCCAGCACUGACCGUCCCAGCCCUUCACCUGCUGUUGCUCGACCUCUUCGUCCUGUCGGCGAUUUUGGUCAGCCACAGGUUUGCUUCUGCCAUCAAGGCCCGCUACCAAACACCCCGUUGGUUCCAAGCCACCGUCGAGUACACCGGCGAGUCGAGUCCUGAUGAGCGGUGGUACUAUGGGCUCCCAACCGCCAUUUGUGCAGCUGCUGCGCUUCCACUGUUUAUGCAAGCUAUCCUCCACUGGGUGAACCUUUCCACCUUGGCUCUCAUGCCGGCAUUCGCAUAUCUUUUCUGUGAGAUCUGGACAACAAUUUCGACUAAGCAAUCGUCCAUCUGUUUCAAGUUUCUCGAGGUUAUCCUCCAGUCCGCAUGUUGUGCGGUCAUUCUUUAUGAUGAGUACCGCUUGAGCCCCCAAGGCAUCUUCUGUUCAACCAUGGCGAUGCUUUUCACAGGACUCGCAAUGGGAUUCAGCAAGAGCCCCCGUCCAUCGUUCAUGGAGUCUUUCCCUAGCCGGAGAUCUCCUUCUCUCAUCACUACAGUCACUCUCUCAUUCUUCAUCACCUUCAUCUGGUGCAUCAGGGAAGAAGAGACCCUGAAAGCCGCGGAACACAUCCUCGACGUGGACCCCAUGCUCCUUGGCCUCAACGUCGGCUCCACCGUGGCAGCUGUUCUCUUUGGUGAUUCAUUCAUCUUACCGAUCAGCGUCGAAGACCACUUCUCGCCGGAUACAAGCAGACAGCGCGUCCUGAUCGCCCAGGUGUCGGCUUCUUUUGGGUUCACUGCCAUCGUUGGUUUCGCCUCCUCCUACUUGACCAUGCGGUCAUACGCAACGGUCUUGCAGGCGGGCGCCUUUUGUCUUGCUGUUGUAUGCAUCAUCAACGGACCUCGGCCAGCCGAGGAUCAGGAUCGAACAAUGUUCCAGACCACAUUAUACGACCUUGAGCGCUUUCAGCCGUCGCUGGUAUCCCUGGAUUCGGAGUCCUUGGAAGAUGAUCGAAGCAGCCCCGCGCAAGGAUUGCUUGGAAACGAGGACGGCUCUGACCGCUUUGACUACGAAAGGUGGAUGAGCAAGUUCGAUACUCCUUCAGUUCUCUCGAUUGCUGCAUAUGCUGUAAUCAUUCUUACUUGGAUUGGAUUCUUGGCCUGCAAUUUUGUUUCGAGCUCCGACGUUUCUGAACCAAUUCCCCAAUUGGAUCUUGCUUACGAGCCCACCCACGGUUUUGACGUCGUCAUCAGCAUGUACAACGAGCCUAUCGAAGCUGUCACGUCCAUUAUGGAGGGCCUCUCCGCCAUCCCGGCCAUCGGCGAGCGUUCACCGAGACUGAUCCUGUACACAAAGUUUGAGGAUCUGAGUCCUUCGAAUAUCACCGAGCUCCAAGCUGCUACUAAUGCCCACAAGGUCAUCAACUUACCGAAUGUCGGUCGCGAGGGUGAGACGUAUCUCGAACACAUUCUCCUCAACUGGGACUCCCUUGCAAAGCACACACUCUUCGUUCAGGCCGACGUUCACAAUCCGCGCGAAUUCUUUAACCGCGUUCAAGACUACUAUGCGCCAAACACAGGCAUGCUCAGCCUUGGGUUCAGCGGAAAGUCGUGCGACACGGCCAAUUGCGGCGACCGUUGGAGCUGGUACGAAGAGAGUUCCUUGUUGAACGAUGUUUGCAGACGUGUAGGCGGAGAGGCUUGCAAGAACAUCCUCCUCUCGUACAAGGGGCAGUUCAUCGUCUCGGCGGCCCGUGUUCGUGCCGUGGAGCGCGAACUGUACGAGGAUUUGAAGACGGCAAUGACGGACCCGAACAGUUGGGCACACAAAGAGCCGUAUCUCAACGGCCGGCAGGAUUCGCUCAAUGCACCCCAAUUCGGAUAUACCAUGGAACGGUUGUGGUCCGUGGUGAUGCAGUGCUCGACCGAGGAGAUCGCGUGGAGUUGUCCCACGCUGCUGAGCCGCACGAGGAGAGGCGGUGACCUGACUGACUGCCAGUGUAUGGACCCGGAGGAUGAUACGUCUCUUGGAUUCAACUCCACUGUUCCCAUUUGA